AUGGCGGUCAGCCUGGAAGAGCGCGUCGCCGGCCACAGCGACUUCUUCGACCGCCUCGUCGAGCUCAUACCCGCCCGAUACUACGUUCCAGACGAGGCGAACCCGGAGUGGUCCAAGUUCCAAAAGACCAAGAGCGCCAAGGCGGCUGCCAAGCAGGCGGCGAAGGAAAACUCCAAGAAGGCGCUGCGGGCCAAGCUCCAGCCCGGAAACGCGAUGACAUCGCUGGAGAAGAUGAGGCUCAAGGAGGGCGCAGAAGGCGGACCGGGCGCCGAGGGCGAGGAAGAUUCCGACGAGCCCGAGUCUGAAAACGAAUCCGACUUCGAAGAUGACGCUAAGAUCGAGGCGUCGCGGGUGGCUAGGAAGGCGGAGGAGACCGCGGAGAAGGCUGCAAAGGCGAGGGAGUGGCGGGAAAAGAAGAAGAAAACCAAGGCUGAGAAGAACGCGGAGAAGCGAAAGCGAAAGGCGGAGGCCGCGCACGGCUCCGACGCGCGGACCGCCGAUUCGGAUUCCGAGUCCGACGAGCCCAUCAGGGAUAAGGGCGCCAACGACAACUUCGACUUUGGACGCGUGGACAUGGGCGAGUUGGCCAUCGGCGCGCCCAAGAGGAAGCGGGCCAAGAAGGAGACUCUCCUGGCUCGCGCGCUCGAUCAGCGCAGGGAAAUCGCGAACGCGGGCGGCGAGGAGACGGUCGCGGGGCAGAGGGUGGCUGAGAAGUUCUCCUGGAGCGCGGCGCUCGCCAGGGCCGGCGGCGAGAAGGUCCUCGACGACCCGAAGCUCCUCAGCAAAUCGGUCCGGAACGAGCAAAAGCGCAAAAAGAAAUCCGCGGAGAAGUGGGAGAAGCGCGAGGCUUUCCAGAAGGAACAGAUGGCUGACCGUCAGAAGAAGCGCAAGGACAACCUCAAGUCGCGAGUCAAGGCUAAGAUCGAGAGGAAGAUCGACAAGCGGGAGAAGAAGCGGAACCGACCCGGGUUCGAGGGCAGGUCGCAGGGGCCCAUCAACAAGUGA